CAACCCAAUCAGGAUUGCGAUUAGCUUUUACUUCAAAUUCAAACAGUUCGACCAGAAUUCGAUCAAUUGCUCUCUCGUCGUCGAUUUCACGCCAAAAAGCUAGGGUUUUGAUCUUUGGAUUUUUCCUGCCGAAGAUACCCUUCUUCACCAGGGACCAUGAACUGCGAAGUUUGCCAACUCAAUGAAUUGGAAGUGGAGCACUUUGAGAUACGAGAAGUUCUACGCUGCAUACUACACACGGUUGUGUUUCAUCGAGCUUUAGGUCUAGUGCGGCCCAAAGACAUUGAUUUGGAACUUUUUGAAAUUACAUAUGUGCAAUGUGGCGAUGCAGAACUUGAAAAGAAAAUAGAUGAAAAGAUUGACCAAUUCAUUGGUUGGGUAGAGAAACACCCAAACAAGAAAAGUCAGAUAUGCUUAUCGUUCUAUGAAGUGAAAAACAGACAGCCUUCUUGGUUCAUCGCUAAUAAAGUUGAACGCCUAUAUUGGGAACAAUGGUAUAUCAAUUUGAAUGUAGCCCAACAUACCAAAGCACAUUCUAGCAAGUCCCAUCAUUCCAAAGUUGUAGUUGAUCCCAGAGAGAGUGCACCAGAGGAGAGAAGUGCUCGCAGGGCAGCACUUGAAGCAUCUCUCCGUGAGGUAUUGUUUCAAAUAAUAAAAUUUGUGAAUGAGAAAAAGGAUCAUGUUCCUCCCAUCCCAACUCUUGAAGGUGUUGUCUGUUUUCCCUUUGAAAUCACUAUCCCAAGUUCUUCGGAUUCUUUUGGAAUGGACAUUUUCAAGAGGAUGCUCCAAACUGGGCAUCCAACCAUGCUGAGCUGAUCAUCAAAUUUCAGGAGCUAUACCACUUAUUGCCAUCGUAAAAUGGAUUCUUAUGUACAUGGUGUUUACAAACCUGUAUAUAUGAGGUGGGUGCAGAGAGCUGCUGAGGUCGAUUCUCUGGAAUGUAUGUGGAUCCUAGUUUAAGAUUAAGUUUAUUUUUGUAAAUUUUCUCCCUUUGAAAAUAAAUCCCCCACCCUCCAUCCCCGGGUCACAUUUUCGAUCU